AUGCAGAAUCGACCGGAUUUCAUAAAAUGCCUGAAAAAGGGAGGGUCAGAAAAGUGAGUUUGCUAGAGAAUCUGAGUGUUGGAAAAAUAAACAAAGUUUUUUAGAGCCAUUUCUGAGCUGAAGACGUUUAUGCGAAUCGAAUUGACGAAUAUCGAAAAUGAUGAAGAUUUGGAGGAAGAGGAAUAUCUGCUUUACAUGUAAGAGAUUUUAUUUAAAAGAAAAAAAAAUCAGAAAUCACGUGAAAUAUAAAACGUGAUCCAAAUUCCCACCCGCUGCUCAUUUCUCAUCUAUUUUUUCAGUGAAAAAGUGGAACUCGCAAAUUUUGCACUGAAACUUGCUCGAAAACUACUGCGAAAAAAAGGAUAUCGUCGAUUUUCUCGGCAUUGCCAUUGAUUGUAUUUGCUCAUUCAAACAAGAUGAUAUUUCUUCAGCGUUUUCGGGAAUUUUCGAAACCCUGAUCGAAUCGAAUUCCCAGACAAUCCCAAUUGUUCUGAACAUCGCAAGUUGUGAGUCAAUUCAGGUUUUUUUUUUGGUUAUCUGAACCAACGAAAACCAUUGUUUUUUUCUAGAUUGCUUUCCACAAUCUGGAAUCGCUUCAACAUCCCAGGAAAUCAACACAAUUCUCAGCUUCAAAACUCGCCAAAAAUUGGAAAAUGACGAGGAUUUUUACUAUGCUUCUCAUAUUUGCGACAAUAUUCUCGAAGGUGUUGCGGUUUCUGGAACAAGCAGAAAUAUUGACGGUUUCUGGCCACUUACACAAUAUCUAUUGAAGCAUAAAUCAAUCAAUAAACAAUGGAUUGCUCAGAGUUGUUUAUCUGCUUCACUUGCGAUUAUUGAUCGAUUUCCUGAAAGACAAUAUCAUUUUUUUGAUGAAUUGUUGACUUUGAUUGUUGAAGAAUUGGAGCUAGAAAUAAAAUUGGAAAAAGCGAGGGAUAUGAAAAAGCUGGAGAAUAUUAUGGAAAAUUUUAUGAGCGAGAACAAAGUUGCGUUGAUUUAUAAGAAUGACACAAGAAAUACGAUUUUCAAAUUCCUCCAAUAUUUUCUGGAAAUGGAUCUGAAAGUGGAUAUGUUUGUUAAUUGGAUUGUGAAAAUUUCUAGUUUCUCGGAUGUCGAAAUUUCAAGAAGAAGAUGUUUAGCAGUCAUGGAAUUGUGUGUCAAAAAAUCAUCGCUUCAACAUGCAUAUCUCGAUAUUCUUGUAUCAGUUAUGAAGAUUUGUAAGAUCACAAUCGCCGGAAAUUCGAUGUUCCGUCAAUUUGAAUCAUCGGAAGCUCGAAGUUCUGAAAAUUUUCUUCAAGAAUUGUCGAAAGUGGUUCAUCCAGAUGCACAAAGUUUUGCGAAGAAACUAUUGCCGAGUCCCGAUGUUCUUUGGGCGAAAUUGAGAAGCAAUGAAGUGUCGAAGGUUUCAGUGGUCCGAAAUGCGAUUAUUAUUGGAAGUUGUCAUUUUUUGAAUUCGGAAGAUGAUAAGAAGCAAAUUAUUCCCAUUUUGUUAUUGACAUGUUUGAAUGUAAGAAUUUUCUCAAAAAAUGUUUUUUUUAACAUCGAAAGAUCAAUUCACAAAAAGUAAAAAAAUGUCGAAAAAAACAUUGUAGGUCAAAAUUAGUUUUUCGAGUUUUUCAGCCAAAAAUGAUGACAAAUCAAUAUUUUUCAAGCGUUUGGAGUAAUUUCUGAUGAAAAUAAGCUUCGAGAACCCUAUUUUGCUUUAUUUUAUGAUUUUUUUCGAAAUUCAUCAAAAUUUAAUUAUUUUUAUUUUACGAAAAUCAGCAAAACCUUCUGGAAAGUGAAUUCCAAGGUCAAUUUUAAUCAGAAAUUACUCCAGAAGCUUCAAAAAUAUCGAUUUGUUAUCAUUUUUGGCUGAAAAACUCGAAAAACUAAUUUUAACCUACAAUGUUUUUUUUCGACAUUUUUUACUUUUUGUGAAUUGAUCUUUCGAUGUUAAAAAAACAUUUUUUUCGUUCGUGAAUCAGCCCUUCUGACUAAUGAACAAGUCUAGAGUUACUGUAGAUUUUUGGCGCCCUUCGAAAUCUGAAAUUCCAAAAAAUAUAUAUUUUCAGGAGCUUCGCGAGAAAUUUGGUCAAAAAUGGGAUAAAUUCCGUCUUCACAUCUCCGGAAGCUCCAACAAAACCCUCAGCGAUUUGAGCGAAUUCACCGACCCAAUUCUAAUGACUGAUGAAAAUCUGAAAAUCGACGCGUUGAAAUGUGCAUUAUUGAUCGAUAAAAAACCGCGACAAUUGAUGCAACUCGUGGCCGAUAUGACGAUUUCAAUUAUUUCCAAAGGAAAUUUGUUGGAAAUUGAGAAGAUCUUGCCGUUUUUACGAGUGUUUUUCGAGGAAAAUCCGGCUAGUUCUACAGAUAUUGUCAAAGAGAUUAUGAUAUUUUUGUCGAAAAAUGUUGCUCAAAACUCAUCGGCGAUUUUUCGAGUUAUUCAAGAGUAUCCGGGAGAUAUUGAAAUGGAAUUAGAUGUGAUUGAAAAACUCGUUGAGAAUUAUUCAAAUUCACCGGAUUUUCUCAAAGUUUUGUUGAAACUCUCGCAGAUUCCUCCAAAAGUUUUUGAAAAAAUCGAGAUUUCUUUGGAAGAAAAGAUUUUUAUCGAAAUUUGGGAAAAGUUUGCUAAUGGAAUUGUGGAUAUUGAUGUUUUGAAUAAGGUUUUUGAGAAGGAGAAAGGGCAGAAAUUCGCGGGAUUUGUGGAGAAUAUUAAUAUGAGCAAUUUGUAAGGAUUUCUUUUUCUUCAGGCAAAUUUAAAUAUAAUAGAAUUUUUCCAGAGCCGAGGAAGUCAAAGUUACUGUAUAUUCAACACUUGGUGCACAUUUUGUGAUAAAAGAUGAUUUGACAAAUCUCCACUCGCUCAUCGGAAUUCUCAACAAAAAUCAUAUUUUUGAAAAAAUAUCAUGCAAUUUUCGCCAAAACUCUGGUCUCUCGUAUAUUGUUUGA